GCCAAGCUUAACAUCUGCCCUUUCCGUAGUAACACUCUCGUCCGGCCAUCGAACGACGAGAUGGGCGCGGUAACCCUGCAGUCAGCGCUGGGAAACCCCACGCUGCAGCAGCGACGGGCCAGCAAGUUAACACAAGAGCAGAUCACAGAGUACAAAGGAGUUUUUGAGAUGUUCGAUGAAGAGGGAAAUGGAGAUGUGAAGACACAGGAGCUGGAGAGACUGAUGAGUUUAAUGGGAAUCAAUCCGACAAAGAGAGAGCUCAGCCAGAUGGCCAAAGAUGUGGACAAAGAUGGUAAAGGUGUAUUUAAUUGUGACAGCUUCCUGGGUCUGAUGGCACUGUACCACGAAAGAACCAAGAACCAGGAUGCUGAACUCAGAGCUGCUUUUAAAGUAUUUGACAAAGAUGCCAAGGGAUAUAUUGACUGGAACACACUCAAAUACGUACUGAUGAAUGCGGGGGAACCACUUAAUGAGAUUGAGGCAGAGCAGAUGAUGAAGGAGGCUGAUAAAGAUGGUGAUGGAACCAUUGAUUAUGAAGAGUUUGUGGCCAUGAUGACUGGGAACUUGUUCAAGAUGAGCUGAAGACCUUGUGGAUAAUCGUCAGUAGCUGUGGACAUGUGUUGCAUUUACACAAAGAUAUAAAACAGCAGUGUCUUUUUUGAAAGUUUUCAUCAUUAUUACUAGUUUUAUUAAUGGAAAAAUGUGCAAUCACCUAUCAGUGUGAUUUUUGAAUAGCUGUACUUCUGUGUGAAGGACAUUAAAGUAAAAAUUGUGCUUGA